UCGGCACUAUCGAUUGCAUUUUACACUAACUGCCGGAGAAGUGCAUGGUUUUUUAUUAUUCUUACUUUGAUAUUUGCUUAAAAUAAAUAAAAACACAACUCAAACAUGUCGGACGGAGAUUUAGAUGCAUUGCGCGCCCAGCGCAUGGCCCAAAUGCAAUCGCAAUUCGGCGGCGGCGGUGGCAACGAUGCGGAAAAGCAACAAGCUCAGCAAGAACAGAUGCGCGCCCAAGAGGAAAUGAAGCACUCAAUCCUCUCGCAAGUGCUCGACCAACAAGCACGCGCCCGCCUUAAUACACUGAAAGUGAGCAAACCAGAGAAGGCACAAAUGUUCGAGAGCAUGGUCAUCCGCAUGGCGCAAAUGGGACAAGUUCGUGGCAAACUGGACGAUGCCCAGUUCGUCAGCAUCCUGGAGAGCGUGAACGCCCAAAUGCCACAGAGUAAAUCCACCGUAAAGUACGACAGACGUCGUGCGGCCAUUGACAGCGAUGAUGACGAGGAUUAUGGUUGCUGAUUAUCGAUUCCCCAUGCCCAACUGCCAGACUGGGAGAUUGAUAAGUUAAAUACGCGUACUAAGCUUAAGCUUUCAUUUUACACUCAGAAACACAGAAACAGAAUGGAAACACGUGCAUUAGUUCAGGAUAGUUUUAAACAACUAUGUUUAUUAAAUUAAAAACACACACUUCGAGCUGAAAAUUCAAACAAAUCUUUCUAAUAGUUAAGGGAAGGAAAUGCCAAAUCGAGAUCUUUUACAAUUACUUCGCAAAUCUCACAAUGUUUUUUUUAGAAAAGGAGUUUCUUUUAUCAUAAAAAAAUCUAGAUUCGUUAACUCAACAAUGAGAUUAUUUUCCCUUCCCUUAAUUUAUUUAAAUUCGCGUCUCGUGAAACUUUUCUCGAAUCUACAUUGCUUAGUUUAACAAUGAGAUGAAUUGUUUUCUUCAAUGUCAUCUCGUAUUAUAAUUUCUAUUAUCGCUUGU